CUGUUCUAUGUGGAUUUCUAUGUUGGCUUUAAUGUUUUAUUUUAUUUUAUUUAUUCUAUGAUAAGUGUUUAUAUGGAGAUCAAAAAAAGAAAGGCUUUAUGUUCCAGUAUCAAGCUGGGGGACAGACAAAAGAAAAGUCUGCCCAAUGCUGCCAUAUAUGGUAGUUAUCCUAUUAGAGGAACUACGGUAAUCAGAGAGCGGUACUUUUCAGCGGGACUGCACUCAUUCAGCUGCUCAAACUUGGCCAUCCUGAUCACGUGAUCACUAUACGCUAUCCAUGCGCGCUUCGGGUGCUGUAGCCUACUACAGGUGCGCUGUAAGCAAAUCAGAGAGGGAGACUGGCGCAAACGGAUUACUGGGUGUUGUUUUUGAGAAAAGACACAUUAUUGUUUCUGUAUCAAAGCCAGCUGGAUUUUGAAAGGAGUCUACAACGUUCUCCAGUCGAGUCUGCUGCAGGAAGAGGACGGUUUUUCCACCACUUGGCAACAAGACGCGGUUGAACGUGUGGAGCAGCACAUUGUGCAUCAUUACAUGCUACUGCGCUUCAAUUUUAAGCGGCUGCUGGUGGUCACGACGGCUGAUGAUGGUUGCGGUGGCUGCUGCUAAUUUUGUCCUUCUCCUGAUUUUUUUUUUUUUUCCCAAUUUGGUUCAUCAUGGUUGCAGUGUCAUGAAUCACCUGCCCCUGCUGUGGACACUUCUCUAAAACAUGUCCAUCUCCACAGAACAAACAACUCCUGUCCACAGGUACUCUAAUCUGUCCUCCUCAAGCUGAGACUCAACGACAGACCACCCUGUUGUUCCUUGACACCUCCAAGUUUAUGGAAAAAUGAAUUGGAAAUGCAAGCUGUGUAGCCUGACAACAUCAAAACGAUCAGACCUUUUGAAGCACAGUAGACUAAUGCAUGGGCAUUUUGGUCGAGUCCAUUCCAUACCCUGUCUCUAUGCGGAUUGUCCUUGCACCCUCAGGACAUGGGGUGCAUUAAGGACACAUUUGUCAAGGCAUCAUUCCCAACCGAGCCAGGCAACAUCCUUUCGUUCACGUGCAUAGUCUGUAACACAUGCUCUUUUGACAAUGAGAGACAGUAUUUUAUACAUAUUGGCAGCCAUCUAAAAAAGUUUGAAACUAUGCCUUGUGUUUUUGAGGGUUGUGAUUUAAAGACCAACGUAUAUGCAACAUUUCACAGCCAUAAGAGUAGAAAACACAACCCACAUGCAUUGGAAGAUUUCAAGACCACUGUUCUUCAUCAACACCAAAACAAGCCGGAUGAAGAAAAUAACUUUGUUGAGGAUGAUAAUGACUGUGGCUCUGUCUUUGAGGAGGAGGAUGACUUGAAAAAAGUAAUUACUAAGAGAGUGGGGUUGCUUCUCCUGAAAAUGGAGAGCAUUUUCAAUGUCUCCAAUACAUGCAUAGAUGAAGUAGUAGAGGAACUUAAUUUCCUCACUGCAUCUGCAUCUGGCCCUGUUAUUAAAGAGAUCAUACUGAACACUUUAAGAAAAAAUGGCUGUACUUUUGAAGACUCAGUGGUAGAAGAACUGGUCAAAAACGUUUGCCAGCUAAGCCCUGUCUGUGCAGCUUUACAAGUGGAUGGGCCUUUAAGCAGUCAGUUCAGGAGAGCACAAUUUAGAAUGGAGCAUUUCUCACCAACUGAACCAGUUGAGCACAUACUUGACAGUACUGAGAAUAAAACAUUUCAGUAUGUACCGAUCCUCCCAUUAUUAUCUCAACUUGUGGACAAAAGACACAUUCAGAACACAAUAUUAAAGAACAAAAGGCCAUCUGAUGUCUCUUCUGAAUACAGAUCAUUUCAUGAUGGAUCUUUACUAAGAGAAAACAGCUUUUUGUGUGAAGGUGAACUUAAACUCCCGCUCAUCCUUUACAUCAAUGACUUUGAAGUAUGCAACCCGCUGGGAACAUCCCGAAAGAAGCAUAAAGUCACAGCUGUUUACUGGGUGUUUGCAGAUAUACCUGCCACAUUGAGAUCUACUCUGACAUCCAUUUACUUAUCCAUGUUGUGCAAGGCAAAUGAUGUGAAACAGUAUGGCUACGCAAAAGUUUUAGACCCACUGCUCAAAGAUUUGAAAUCCUUUGAAGAUAAUGGUAUUUUUGUUCCAAGUUUGGGCAAAGUGGUCAAGGGCACUGUACUUGCUGUAGUUGCUGACAAUCUUGGCGCUCACUCAAUAGCUGGGUUUGUUGAAAGCUUCUCAGCUUCACAUUUCUGUCGCUUUUGCAUUGGAGAACGGUCACAGAUCCAGGAGCAUGAAGUAGCAGAAGGACUGUUUCCUCUGCGGACUGAGUCCAACUAUGCCAUGCAUGUCAAAGCAGCAUUGUCUGAUCUUGCAGAGGCUCAUCACUGUGGUGUUAAAAGACAGUGUCCCAUCUCAGACAGACUCAGUCACUUUCAUGCUACAUCAGGCUUUCCCCCUGAUGCUUUGCAUGAUUUGCUUGAAGGGAUUGUACCUGCAGAAAUAUCACUCUGUCUUGGUGUGUUAAUCAGGAAGAAGUACAUAUCUCUUCAGGAGCUCAACCAUUCCAUCUGUUGUUUUCCUUACAAGUGGAGUGACAAAAAAAACUGUCCACAAACAAUUGCCCCAAAUUUCACAUCACGAAAAAGUGUUGGGGGUAACGCACACGAAAACUGGUGCCUGUUGAGAAUGAUACCACUAAUGAUUGGUGACAAAGUCCCAGAAGAUGAGCCCGCUUGGGAGGUUUUGAUGACGCUAAAAGAUGUAGUUGAGCUUGUCAUGGCUCCUCUUCACACAGAUGAGACAAUAGGAUACAUGCAAAGUAAGAUCUCAGAACACUGUUACAGAUUUUUGGAAGUGUUCCCAGAGGAGACAGUGAGACCAAAACACCACUUUCAUGAGCACUAUCCUUGGCUCACAACUGUUUAUGGGCCACCUGUACAUUUCUGGACCAUGCGGUUUGAAGCCAAACACCGGUUCUUUAAAAAGGUUGUGAGGCAGACUGGGUGUUUCAGAAACAUUCUCAAGACAAUGGCAAGAAAACACCAAUCGAUGAUUGCAUAUCAUACCCCUGAUUGCAACAAUCAAAGGCCACCACUGUCAGUGUCCCAGACGACUCAAGUGGCAGUCAAUGUUCUAAAAGACAGCAUUAAGGAGUCCUUUGCAAGGAAGUUCCCUGGGGAAGAAUUUGUGAACAUAACAAAUAAAGCAACCAUUUCAGGCACAGUCUAUAAUGUUGGAAUGAUGGUGCCCUUUGGAUCAACAGGAGGCCUACCUGACUUUGGAGAAAUCAAGCAAAUAAUCAUUGUGCAGGAAACUCCUGUCUUUGUGCUGAAGUUGCUUAGUGGCUGGUACAAUGAACACCUGAGGACCUUCAAAGUAGAGCCAACAGGAGAGACAGAAAUCCUUAAACAUUCUGAAUUGAAAGAAACAUACCCCUUAGCUGCAUAUAAUACAUCAGAUGGACUUAUGGUGUCCCUUAAACACUUCAUUUGCACAUCAGAGUAAGUGUAAUGGGUUGAUUAUUUCUUCUUAUCAUAUCAUAUGUGUGUGCACUUUUCAAGUACAGUUAUUGAAAAAAAACCCAAUUACUUCACAAAAAGCCACUGAGUUUUAAGAUCUGCACAGACAAACAACUAUUUUGCCAGGGAUCCUGUCUUUUGUAUUUAUUAUGUUCUUGUACACCUACCUUGAUUCUACAGUUUCUAUGGAUGAUGAGAAUGUUAUGAUUUAUGGUUGCUUUUAUUACAUAGAAAAUACCUUUAUCUCCCUCUUCUUAAAUCAGUAAUGACCAUCAAAGUUUAUUUAUUAAAAUUUCCACUAUGUAAGUAAGUUCAUCAACUUAAUAACCUGUCUCAGUUUCUUUUCUUUCUCUGUCUCUACAGCUGAAGAAACACACCGCAAACAACAAUGGCUGUCCAGUUUAGAGUUAUUAUAGAGGAACACAACAUUCAAAAGUUGACACUUUCAACAGGAAUUCCAAAUACAGUGGAGGAUCUUGUUUCCAUAGUUUCUAAAACUUUCCAACUCUGUGGAGAAAUUGCACUACUAUACCAAGACAAAGACUUUGACAAUCAGUUUUUCAGUGUCACCUCAACUGCUGACUUGCACGACAAGGCCACUCUUAAAGUGAUACAAAAAGAGCCGGUGAUCACCUUUGACCUACACCCAGUAUCUGAAUCAGAACCAUCAUCUACAUUGAGUUCUCCGACUUCAGUGAACACCCAUCCUUCAAGCAAUACUGAAAUGGACAUCUCCCUUGCAGAUGAUGAUGCGUCCUCACAGAUGUCUGACUGCACAUCAUCAGGUUCCAAGGACACCAUUAUUCUCCCUGAUUCAUGUCGCUCUGCUGCAUGGCCAGUGCCAUUUCAAGUGCCUCAGUUUUCCCGCAACAUAGAGCUAAUCCUUGCAGAAGCAAACAAAGCAUAUCAUGCCACUGGAAGACACUUCAUGGAUGCCAGUGUUAAAUCAGCAAUAAUACACAGCCUAUCCAUCAAAUCAGCAGAUUCUUGCAGUGGCUGAAGCUCUGGUUGACAAGUUCCCGUGUCUUAAGGAGCCGGGAUCGUUUGCUGGUUUAUAUGGCUGGCAACAACGCAUAAAAAAUAAGAUGCACAAUUAUCGUGCCAAGCUAAAAUUUCGAAAACAUGCUUACCCGGAAGUCGAAGUCAACACAUUGAAGAGGAAGCAUCCGGCUGAUGCAGUCCCAUCAAAAAACGUAAACAAGCCCAAAAAAGCUGAGGUUAAUUACCUCCCUCCACACCCUCCUGGCGAAAGCCAAGACUCACUAGAGAAGGAGAGGCUUGAAUUACUCGAUGAAGUGAAGAAGUAAACAAUGCAAAGACAAUCGCUGAAAAGAUGAGUAAAACCUUCUCAAGCCGAAGAUUGGAAGUGGUGACCCUCAGCCCCUCUGUGGGUGUGUUUAAAGAAAGGUGGCCAGCAUUAUUCAGUGAGGCUCAGGUGAGAAUGUUUGAUUAUUUUUCCUUUCCACCAGGAAACAUUCAUGUGGUUACAUUGAGAUCUGGUCUGUCAUUUCAAAUUUACAUUUUUCCCCUUUACUUACUCUCUAGAUCAAGGCAGAAUUCUGUCGUAUAACGACAGUUUCCUUGGAGGAGAGAUUUAUGCAGAAGCUUGAUGGGUACACAGCAGGUCUUUUGCAGCUUAUGCGUGCUAAAGGAGGAGCUGCUGGUUCUUAUCUUAUUUUCUCUGCUCUCCCCUCUCCUUCUCAGCUCUACUCGGCUCUCUUCUAGUAUCUCCUCUUUUCCCCUUCUCCUUUUGUCUUCUGUCCACUCACCUCUUCUCUCCUUUACUCUGCAAGAUAAACUGAAAAGUAUUGGAACAUCAUCUUCAAUAACAUAUGUACAUUAAAAUGUGUAUGCUUUUUCUUUCUUUCUUUUUAACAUGUAGGAAUGUGAGGACCAUACAGACAAAACAAUGAAGGUGAUUGUGCAGCACAGUGUCAUGGCUGAGGAGGAUCCAUCAGAUGUGUCUAUUGUGAUUGAGGGAAACACUGUGAUGGAAGAAUGUGGAAGUCGAACGAAGGCAUGUGUUCUGCUGAUGGGACUGAUAUAUGCCCUCAACCUCGAAUAUCCACAGCAGCUGAAGAACACGUUUGAAACAUUUCAAAAACUUUUUUUGGAGCUUGACGCAGCGAAACUACAGAAGAAGGUCCACAGCCUCAAAAGUAAGCUCAUGCAAUAGACAUUCCCCUUCUUGUUCCAAGAGGAUCUGUACACAGAGUUGUGAUGGAGUGUGAUUUUAGUUUUCUUCACUGCUGCUCUCCUCCCUACCACACACACACACACACUGACACACACGCACACACACAAGUUGUAUGUUGUGCAGCCUCAGCCCACUCCCUUGCUGCCUGAUUUCCCCAGAUUGACAGAGAAGGAACACCAAUAGAAAGUGGCUGGCUUUGUCAAUACCCUCAGUUUGUUUUAAAUAUGUUGGUGUUCACCUGUUCUAUUCUCAUCUAAAUGUUUGAUAGAGUAUAUGCACAGGAACAUGGCAGACUUUAUGUGUGGGCUUUUGACUUUUAAAAUAUAAUAUAAGUCACCUCUUGAAAGUGUUGUCUGUAUUUGAGGCAGUUUAGUUAUUUGUUGUUUUUUGUUGUAUUGUAUUGUGGUUGUUGUAUAAAUGCACUUGUACUGCAGAUUUGGUGUUAAGUUGUAAAGCUAAAGAGGCACGAGUUUGGAUACAAGAAAAUCUUGUUGUUACUGGACAUCCUUUGGAGAUCUGCACUCCUGAUACUUCUCCAUUCAUUUCCACUUCUCUUCUAUCCUCUGAUCUUGUCACUUUUUCUUUUUGAUCAAGCUGGAUGUGGGAAGAUGCAUUUGUCAUCAAGAAACAUGAAGUUGUUACUUCAGUGAGAUUUGAAACAUGUUUAUACCUUGAAAAGCACUGUGAGGCUGUUUAUUGCACUUUAUUCUGUGUUUUUGAUAAUUGAUUAAAAACAUUGUGAUGAUCAUCAUGUGAAUGUCAUUUUUGGGUGGUGGAAUGGUGUGAGUAAUGGUUACUAACUGAUAAUAAU